AUGUACUCCGCACAACCAACAGGCGCCGACGGUGCGACAAUCAAUCCCGCUGCCCUCAACUCUGACAUACUCGGCGCGCCGCCUCGGGGUGUCAAGCGGAAUCGGUCCCCGGAUCCCGUCGACUUACACCGGCCUGGCGAUGACGGGAAUCGCUUUCCACAGCACAAGCGAAUAAGACCAAUGAAGGCCCGAACGGCAGGAAGCAUCUCCGAGGCCCCGGGGCAAGCUCCCGGCGGAACCGUGCCUCAAGCCAUCCCGCCGCCGCAAGCGCCUCAACCCCAGAGCACUGCGAUGCCGACCCAGACCACCUCAGCCUACCCUGCCCCGCCGGCGCAACUGCCGCCCAAGCCGACGCCGCCCAAGACGACGCUCAAGGCGCUCCCCACGGUGCGCGAUCAUACCACUGAUCAGCUCAACCCUUCGGGCGAUGAAUACAUACCGCGUGAGACGGACGAGUUCGGUGAGAAGAAGGUGAUGCCAAACGGUCAGCUCCUUGGCGGCCGCCAGUACCGGUGUCGCACGUUCCUGGUUCCAAACCGCGGCGACAAGUUGUUCAUGCUGGCCACUGAAUGCGCGCGAGUGCUGGGAUACCGAGACUCGUACCUCUUGUUUAACAAGAACAGGUCGCUAUACAAGAUAAUUGCCAGCCAGGCCGAAAAGGACGACCUUGUUCAGCAGGAGAUUCUGCCCUUCUCGUACCGCUCGAGGCAGAUUGCCAUCGUGACCGCCCGGUCCAUGUUCCGGCAGUUUGGAAGCCGCGUCAUCGAGAAUGGCCGCCGAGUUCGAGACGAUUAUUGGGAGACAAAGGCCCGUAAGCAAGGCUUCACUGAAGCCGAUCCCGCUGGCGAGAAACGACCCGGAGCCGCCAAGGCCAGGGAAGCCGCCGAGGCAGCGCAGAACAGCGUCUUGAUGGGCAACCCGCAUACGGAGAUUGUGUAUAACAACACGCCUGGACCGUACCCUGGUGCGCCUCAGCCUCACCUCGUUCAAGGUAUGAUGGGAGCACCCGGAAGCGCAACGAGAAUGCCGGCAUUAACAGUCGGACCAGACCUCAGUGACAACAGAUCCCGGGACUACGGCGGCAUUGUCAAGGGCGGGCCCCGACAGGAGAUCACCGGACCCCCGUAUCAAGACCAGACCAGGCCUUCCCCUCUGGUGGAACUUCACUCGCAGGCCCACCACGCCGCCGACUUCAACCGAUCCGUGAAUCAGCAGCGCGAGAUGCGCGACAACUACCUUCAGGGCAUCUGGCGCCGGCCACACGAGCAACCCGCCCAGUCUUCCCUCACGCAGCCCGUCGCCGGCUCGACCGACUCGGCUAUUCCCACCAGCCGACCGUCGAACUCGCCUCACACCACCGCCGCCGGCAUCGCCCAGCCCGGAGUUGUUUCCUCUCAGAGCCCGCAGAUGAUGAUGACCGCGGCUCCCUACUCGCAGUCCAUCAAUGCGCAGAGCGCGCUCGGCCAAGCUCCCAUCCGAGGUAUGACCCUUUUGCCUGUGACAACCAAGCUGAGCAUCCGCGAACCAACAUCCUCUGUAGGCUCCACCGGCUCCAUCAACACCGGAGCGGCUGGCUACAGCUACCAGCAGCCAAGCCAGGCCAUGUGGUCUCAGAGCCCCCAGACUCCACAGACCAGCUACAGCAGCUACACCACGCAGCCGCAGGCACAGCAUCCCUCGCAGUCUCCGGCCUCUCACCUGCGCCAGACUGGUGCCAGCCAGAUGCAGCCCAGCAUGCAGUUCCCUGGCAUGGGCAGCAUGCAGUACAGCGCCAGCCAGGGCAUGUAUGGCGCGGAUCAGACGCCACGUCAAUACAUGCCUCAGACCACGCCUAGUGCGCAGUCGGCUUCGCAGGCCUGGUCGGGCCAGCACCAGCCGUCUCAGUGGUGGACUCCCCAGCAGCAG